AGAAGGAUGGGAGGAAACUGUGGGAGAGGGAGAAAGGAACACAGAGACCAUGGGGAAAGAGAAACAGUAGACUUAGGCACAGAGAGGCACAGAUAAACAAUGAGAUACCAAGACUGACAGAGACACAUUGUCAGAGACAAGCAGAAGGGGUGUGCUAGUAAGUGUGCACGUAUGAUGGAAAAUGAAUGAAGAAUGAGGACACUCCACCACUCUCCAAGUUAUCAAGAUGAAGACCCAAGAUGGUGGCAUUCACUCUGAAGGUAGCCUGGAAAGUGGGAGACACGCUUUGCCCACUCCCUGGGGUUGACUAGAGCCCCCAGCCCAGUGCAGCCUAGGGGUGUAAGGAUCAAGAUCCAUUCAAUAAGAGACCCUUCCUCCCAAGCUGUGAGCUGUGGGUGCCAGUUAGUCCCAUUUGUGACCUUGGGAACUUAGUGUUCCCAGCAAGAAAGGGGGUGGCUGGCUUGUCUCCAGUUCUUAUAUCCAAGGUGCAGCAGCUGAGCAUUCCAAAUUCGGGAACCACCAGAAAGGCUGGCCUCUCUUCAACAUGGGAUCUUCUGGACUUUUGAGCCUCCUGGUGCUAUUCGUCCUCUUAGUGAAUGUCCAGGGACCUGGUCUGACUGAUUGGUUAUUUCCCAGGAGAUGUCCCAAAAUCAGAGAAGAAUGUGAAUUCCAAGAAAGGGAUGUGUGUACAAAGGACAGACAAUGCCAGGACAACAAGAAGUGUUGUGUCUUCAGCUGCGGAAAAAAAUGUUUAGAUCUCAAACAAGAUGUAUGUGAAAUGCCAAAAGAAACUGGGCCCUGCCUGGCUUAUUUUCUUCGUUGGUGGUAUGACAAGAAAAACAAUAGUUGCUCCAUGUUUGUCUAUGGUGGCUGCCAGGGAAACAAUAACAACUUCCAAUCCAAAGCCAACUGCCUGAACACCUGCAGGAAUAAACGCUUUCCCUGAUUGGAUAAGGAUGCACUGGAAGAACUGCCAGAAUGUGGCUCAUGCUCUGAGGACUGUUCCUGUACCUGACUGAUGCUCCAGACUGGCUUCCAGUUUCACUGUCAGCAUUCCAAGAUCUUAGCCCUUCCCAGAAUAGAAUGCUUGCUUCUACCUCUUCUUCCUCCAUCUUUGGUUCUUUUGAUGCACAAUAUCCACCCGUUUUGAUUUCAUCUUUAUGCCCCCUUUAUCUCCAACGUCUAGAACUCCCAGUUUAUACCUGUGUCACUCUCAAUUUUUUCCAGUAAAGUACUUGAUGUAGUCCUGUGCCUUGAGGCUGAGUGAUUGACAUCUUUUUGGCACAUUACACUUUGCAGAGUAAGGGAUCAUUGAGGCUUCUGGUGACAUCAUUCAAGGGAGUGAAGACAAUCAGAACUUUGAGAGUUCAGAGUUCCAGGAAUAUUGUUAUUGUUAUCUUCCUCUGUUUCUACAAAAGAUUGUAAAACCCUUUUUAGGCAAGGGCCCAAGGACAGUGCCUUAGUUUGGAUCCUCUAGAAACUAACCCUGGGAAAAGGGCAUGGGUGCAGGUAGUUUGUUUGAGAGAUCUCCCAAGACAUACAAGAUGGGGAGUGAGAUGAGUAAUUCAGGGAAGAGAAGGGAAGAGAGAAGAGUCUAUUAUGAGCUGGUUACUACUGUGGCUCAGUCCUAUUGGGGACCUUUUAAAGAAUCAUGUAAAACAGGCUUACAAAUUUUCUUUUUAAAAAUAUUUUAUUUUAUUUUACGUUCUGGGAUACAUGUGCAGGACCUGCAGGUUUGUUACAUAGGUAAGCCUGUGCCAUGGUGGUUUGCUGCACCUAUCAACCCAUUACCUGGGUAUUAAGCCCCGCAUGCAUUAGCUAUUCAUCCUGAUGCUUUCCCUCCCCCUGCCCCCUCAACAGUCCACAGUGUGUGUUGUUCCCCUCCCGAUGUCCACGUGUUCUCAUUGUUCGUCUCCCACUUACAAGUGAGAACAUGCGGUAUUUACUUUUGUUCCUGCGUUACUUUGCUGAGGAUAAUGGCUUCCAGCUUCAUCCAUGUCCCUGCAAAGGACGUGAUCUCAUGUCUUUUUAUGGCUGCAUAGUAUUCCAUGGCAUAUAUGUACCACAUUUUCUUUAUCCAGCCUAUCGUUGAUGGAUAUUUGGGUUGACUCCAUGUUUUUGCUAUUGUAAAUAGUGCUGCAGUGAACAUACACAUGCAUGUAUCUUUAUAAAAGAAUGAUUUAUAUUCCUUUGAGUGUAUACCCAGUAAUGGGAUUGCUGGGUCAAAUGGUAUUUCUGGUUCUAGAUCUUUCAGGAAUUGGCACACUCUCUUCCACAAUGGUUGAACUAAUUUACAUUCCCACCAACAGUGUAAAAGCAUUCGUGUUUCUCCACAGCUUUACCAGCAUCUGUUGUUUCUGGACUUUUUAAUAAUCACCAUUCUGACUGGCAUGAGAUGGUAUCUCAUUGUGGUUUUGAUUUGCAUUUCUCUGAUGAUCACUGGUGUUGAGCUUUUUUUCAUAUGUCUGUUGGCCGCAUAAAUGUCUUCUUUUGAGAAGUGUC